AUGACGUCGUUCGUUGGCAACCUUUUCACCUUCAUCUUCCUCUCCCUCCUCAUCUUCUCCUUCCGCAUGGUCGUCGAAAAUGGGACCCACCUCCUCACCUCCUUUGUUGACCGCGACCUUUUUCUCAAAUCCUUCCUCUCCUGCCUCGACCUAGUUGGCGUCGGCAAUACCAACCACCGCUCUCUCAGAUGUCCAGCCAAGUCCCCUUCUCCGUUCUCUCUUCGCCACCGACACCGCCUAUUCCUUCACCUCACCCACGUCGGAACCUUAGACGACGAUUUCUUCUCCGGACUAGGGUUUCUGAAAUUGUGCGCGUCAGCCUCACAUUCAAGGCUGAGAAACACCAUUUCUGAUGACAGAGCUAGAGGCAGAGAUGGCAACGGAGAAAGCAAUGAAGGGGAAGAGAAAGGUGGCGAUGAAGAAAUGGAUGAUCGGGUCGUCGAUUUGCAAUUCUUAAUCAACGGAUUGGAGCUGGGUUGCCGGGACGUGGUGGCGUUGUUCUUCCUCCUGAAAGUGUGA